AUGAAGGAGGAGGAGGAGGAAGAGGUGGAGGAGUGGCCUGAAGAAGAAGAAAUAGUCAGCGAUACGGAAAGCUACGACGAGGAUGAAAAUCACGAUCAAGAUGAGAACUUACGUGAUGAAGCUGAGACGACGGGAUCAAAAACCGAUGCGCUGGUUGAAUUCCGGCGUAUAGUUGAAGAAGCUAUCCUUUCCAAUUCACUUAUUGUUAGGGAGAACGAUGUUGGCGCCGAUUACAAUAGCCGAUUGAAGGACAUUAUAAUGUGGGGCGUCCCGUUGCUGCCGAGCACAGGCCAUAAUGGGACCGACGCGGUUCUGCUCAAGUUCUUGAAAUUCAGGCACUACAAGGUGCGAAAGGCAUUCAGCUCCCUACAACAAACCCUGAAAUGGCGCGCAGAUUUCUUGGUUGACGAGGAUCACAAGCUUGCGAUCGAUAGCCUGUGGUUCACCAAUGGUAGAGAUAACGAGGGGCGACCAUUAUUCUACACGGUGGUUAUGAGGAAGAGAUUUGCCAACAUAGGGGAUCGGAACACGAACCUGGGUUACUUCCGGUGGAGAAUUCGGUGCGUGGAGAAAGGGAUACAGAGUCUCGAUUUUAGUCCGGGCGGGGUGGAUUCGUUUGUCCAAAUAAUUGAUUUCAAGAAUGCACCUGGAAAUGUCAACAGGGAGAUCAGGCUAACUUACAAGAGAAUGCUUACAUUGCUGAAGGAACACUAUCCCGGGAUUGUCCACACCACACUUGUUGUGAAUGUCCCGGCAUGGUUUUUAGCAUUCAACACGUUGAACUUGAGAUACAUUGCGCAAAAAGGCAAUAACAGAUUCAUCUUCGUGAAACCAUCGAAAGUGACAGAAACCCUUCUCAAGUACGCCACCAUAGAGAACAUACUUAUACAAUACGGUGGUCUGAAGAGAGUAAACGACACCGAAUUCUCAAUGGACGACAAAGUUCUUGAAACAGACAUCAAGGCAACCUCCACUGAACAAAUCACGAUACCUUUCAAUGAGGCAGAAAUCACAGUGACAUGGGAUGUGACGGUGGUAGGAUAUGACGUGACGUACAGAGAAGAGUUCAUACCCGAAGAUGACGGCUCCUACAAGGUUUUGCUACAGGAGAAAAAAAUGGUGGAGAGCAUAAGAAACUCAUUCUACAUUAGAGAACCAGGGAAGAUAGUGAUAACUAUAGUUAAUUUGACAUACGCGAAGAAGAAGGUGUUCUAUAGGUACAAAAGCAGUCCAGUUGUUCCUGUAUAUACUCAAACUAAGUCAUGACAGAUUCAUGUUUUUUUUGAUAAACAAAUCGAUGAAUUCGAUACCUUUCAUUAUAGAAUUAUUGUUGUUUGGGUGCAGAUCUUGAAAGUGUUCAUUCUAUGCCUUUCUGAUCUAAGAACAACAGGAUAAAACCAAAAGAUAUUCCACUUGAGAAAUUCCAUCUUACUAGUUUAAGAUUCCAUUUCUGAAGCAUAGUGGAGACAGAACACAGACUGGCCAUGGGCUUAA